CAGUGCAUCCAGAAACUCGACUCCAGAUGACACAUGUUCAGAGGAAAAUGGGUCAUUUUUGCUUCUGUUUUCAUCCAUCAUGUUGAUGUUUAUUCCAUUUGUUUUACCAACUCUAUGAAGCUCAUUGCAGGGGGGAAAGACCCUACUCAGCAGUCUGUUUCGGGGCAGCAUGUGCAUACGAUUAAUCGUCUUUCUUAAUAAAUUCAAGAAUAGCCUUAAAGAGUUGUUGCUAAAGAAGUUUUGUUUCCCUAGAGAAGUGAAGUAAAAAGUUAUCUGCACUUUUCAAAACUGCUGAUUCAGAAUGUAACUGCUGGAUAUAAAAAGCUGUGGCCACAUAUCUGCUGUGUUACUGCAGAGGAUGAUAAAGUGGGUCGCAAUAUUUCAAAGAACAUAUCUGUCUGAAAUAUAAAGAGAAAUGGUAUGACCACACUUUUGUGGCUUCCUCUUCCUCUUGCUUAGCACGCAUUACGUUUCUCCUAAGUUCUGUUUCUCUGUCAUUGUCUCAUGCUACUCGGACACAACUUAUUGGAUGGUGAGUAUUUGUUCUAACAACCUUUAAAAGCCUCUGGUUGCUUUUAGAGUGUUUGUAAAAACGUUUCACAAUUUCCUCUUUCUCGUCCUGUCCAGAGUGAUUAUCAGGGUUCACGGAAACUACACAUCUUCCUGUUUUAUGUUCUCAUUCUGCAAGACUGUUUUAAUUUCUCACCUUCAUGCAUGUAUCAGACUACUGUAGCAAUUUGGUGUUAUUUGCCAUCUGAAGGGCUGGAUGUCAAGGCUGGACGAACAAGGCAAGUGGGUGAAGCACUGGUUUGUUCUUGAUGACACUUCGCUGAGAUACUACAGAGACUCAGAGGCUGAGGAGUCAGAUGAUCUGGAUGGAGAGAUCGAUCUGACAUCCUAUGCAAACGUGUCAGACUGUGAUCUAGAGAAGAACUAUGGGCUUCAAAUCCAGACAAAAGGAGCUGUGUUCACCUUCUCUGCAGUAACAUCCAAAAUUCGCCAGAACUGGGUGAAGUUACUGAGGCAGGCCAUCCAGAACAACACACACCAAUCAGACUCCAGCAGUGAGAAAGAGAACCCCCGCUCCCGGAGACUGUCGUCAAGCCAACCGCCCGAUCGGUUCCCCUGCGAGGACUCAAGCUAUGAACCUGCAACUUCUAUCUACAACGCUGUAGCGGCAAACACCAACAGGGACCCAACGAUAGAAGGUGAUCCAGGGAGAGACCUGUCUCCGGCCACUCAGAGGGAGCAAGGGGAGGGCUGGGACCGUGAGCAAGCAAAGAGACUGGAAGAGAGGAACAAGUGGUUUGAGGAAGGGGUCCCUCUCAAUGAGAUGAGCAGCAGGUGGGACUCCAUGGAGCUGAGAAAGGGGAGUGAUCCAGUCCCUGUUACUGAAACCAUUGACUCUGAAGUCAACAAGAAAUGGACAGAAUUCGAGACGUCAUUUAGGGACACAGGCGCCCAGUCUCCCAUUGGAGCCCAGGCCUAUCAGUCAAGUGCUCCAGAUGGGUCAGAGUCUGUAGUUAAUUCUCAAACUUAUCAACCAAACCCAGACCAGGUCACUCUUAUGUCCUCCCCAGGUGAGGCUCUUCCGUCAAUGAAUAGCCAGAUCCUUCAAACUAACAAAGCUGGAGCUCUUCAAAAGGAGGCAAUCUCUCUUGAAAAGCAGGCUGAAAGCAUCAAUAAGGAGUGUCAAGCCAUGAGGGUAGAUGUGGACAGUCCCUGCGGCCCUGGAGCCCCAUGCAGGGCCAAGCUGGAAGCCAUGGAAGUAGCCCAUCGAAAGGCACUACAGGAGCUGCUGGAGAAGCAUGCCAGGGAGAAGAAGGAGCUAGAGAAGGAGAGAGACAGCAUGCUGCAAGAGGAGAGCCAGGCGGCUGCCAAGGCAAUGGAGGCGCUAAAAGCUGCUCAUAGGGAGGAGUUGGAGAGAGAAGUGGAGAAGGCCAGAAGGCUGGAUGGAGGAGCGGCACACUUGGAUUCCUCCUACAGAGUUCACAUGCCUCAAGCGGAUGUCUUGCACGCCGAGUUAAACGUGCUAUCAGAACGCUACUCUGAGAAGUGCCUGGAGCUGAAACGCUCCGAGCACAACGGCAAGAGUCGAGAGAAUGAGCUGGACGACAAGAGGAACGAGAUGGAACAGCUCCAGAGAGAGAAUCAGGAGCUCAAGACCAAGCUCGCUGAAGAAAUAAGUCGCAUGAGAUAUUUCAUUACGGGCCAGAGGUCAGAUGUGGUCUCACUUUGCAAAACUGAGGAAACCCCUUCUGAUUUAGAGACGUUGUUGAGGGCAAAGGAAAACGAGGUGCAGUAUCUUAAAAAGGAAAUCAGCUGUCUACAAAAGGAAGUGCAAACGCUUAUGAAGGAAAAAGAAGCAAUCUACAAGCUGUAUAAGGAGGCCUAUGUUGAACUGAGUGACACCAGGGGUCGGAGCCAGCUGGAGUUGGGCUCUCUCAAUGAGCAUUUGAGACUGGCCAAUGCUGCACUGCAGGAAGGGAGCAGACAGACUUGACCCAUACGGGCAACGCCUAAACAUUACAUCAAAACAGGGACAACAGCCAACCAAUAUUGACCAAUUAGUAGAUGUCAUGUAAAACCAAUUUUAUUGCAUUAGAACUGUUAUGUAUGGACCAAUUACAGUUGUGAAACACCUUUUCUUUAUUUCUUAUGUGUGAUCAACCUUGUUUAUUUAUUGGAUACACUUGUAAACAUGCAAACAAGAAUAAAGGCAGAGCUAAUGGUUCAGAUAGCCUCACAAGACAAGAGACCUUUCAAAAAUCAGGAUAAAUAUGGGCAGCAAUAUGAAGGAGAUGGUUGGAGGAAACGGUUCUGUCUGAAAGUGCACUCCAGCCUCUUCUUGCCUGUGCUGCCUGGUAUUAUUUCAGUUCAUAUUGCAAAGCACCCUGUGGAUAGAAGUUUGUACACAGUCAAUCUUCAGCAAGAAGGAAUUGCUGAAAACAUGUUACUCAUUGAAGCCUUUGACAAAUAAAAACUGGAUAAAAAACAA